AUGCAACUCAUCCAGGCUACCCUUCUUGCGCUAUCCGCGUCCACUACUUUCGCUGCGGUGAUCAAUACUCCCAGAGGCGAAGCCAGCGAUAUCGCAGAAGUAAAUACAGCCAGUGUGCCCGCCACAUCUACACCAAGCACUGUGCCAACAGACUACCAGGGCGACAACCUCGACGCCAGAGGCUUGUUGUCCAAAGACAGAAAACUCAAUGCUAGAGGCUGGGGUUUCGGUUGGGGCUUCGGCAUGGGCUGUGACGAUGGAUACAGCGAGCCAGAAUGGGCGCCCGGAAAAACAGUCAAGUGCGUAGACCACGUCAGAUGCGAUUGGAAUGGUAACCAUUACUGGAAGCCAACAGACAAAAAUGAAGAUCCCCGGGAACAGGCAUUGAAGUGGGAACAAUGUUCGCAUUGUCAUUGCACAGGGCACUGA